AUCGGAAUUUUCAUUAAGUUCGAAGAUACAGCCAAACGAAUAACAUGAAUACAUUCAACGUGUCUCGCAUUCUUCUUACUCUCCUCGUCAUUUUGACUAUCUUCUCUGCCUCAACCCUGGCAAGAGGGAUAUGUCCGGAGAACGAAGUAUGGCAGAGCUGUGGCACUGCCUGCCAGCCAUCUUGCUCCAACCCCAAACCCAUAUGUACACUACAAUGCGUCCCAAGCUGCCAAUGCGAAUCCGGAUUGCUGAGAAACGAAAAUAAAGAAUGCAUCGAAUCGUCUGAAUGUUAAUCUAAUCAAAGGGGAGGAUUAUUUUAUUAUUUUACUUGUAAUCAUUGAAGCAAUCGUUUUCAUCAUCGGAAAUGAAACGAAAUAAAAAGUUUUAAUU